AUACCUCAAUCUCAACCGUUGAUAAAAUUGAUCCAACGGCUAAGAUCACAUCAUCCCUUACUCCCCUUUUAAACAAAACACCAAAACCCUAAUUCAUUUUUGAAAAAAAAAAUCUGCCUCCCUCCCUAUCUCCCUCCUAUCUCCCUAAGGUCCCACCGAAGCUGCCGCCGGCCAUCACCAGCCGUUCACCGCGGCUGGUGAGACACCGGAGCACCAACCGCCUCCCUCAUUCUCCUCCUCCGGCAAACCAGCGCCGCCACGCUGCCAACAAGACCAACAGCCCGCGCCUCAACCUUCUCCAACAGCCGCCUCCCACCGGAGAACGAAGACAUCCAACCGAACGGUCCCUACAGUCAUCAGCGGCGCCCGUCUCCGACCACCACUCGCUCCAUCCAACGCCAUCAACGACAGCAACAACAACAAACUCCGGCAACCGCCUUUUUCUCCAUACCGCGCCACCAACCGACUCCGGCAGCCACCCAAUCAGACCAGCCGUCCUCCACCUCCAGUCACCAACGAGUAGAAGAAAACAAUGACAAACAACGAGCCAGCGACAUCCAAAGCCACUGUCUUCUCUGUCUCCGAUCAGAUUUCGUCGAAGAACAUUGAAGCUCGUAAUGGGUUCAUAGAAUCCGUACCAGUUAUACAUUGUUGUGCAGAUCAAGAAAUUGUGAAUUUUUAUUCCGUGCAUCUGCUAUCGGUGAAUCUACAAUAUUUUAUGACAUAUAUUUCUUUUGGCUUAUGGUGUACUGGACUCUGAAAAUGAUGCAUCUUGGAGGUGGUUUUUCGAGAAUUUGAAGGAAGCAUACGGUGAAAGAAAAGAUAUGUGUGUCGUUUCUGAUUUUAAUGCAAGCAUCAUAAAAGUUGUCAGUGGCGUGUAUAAUGAGGUACCACAUUAUGCAUGUAUGUGACAUCUAUGGGGAAAUGUAAAAAUUUUUUUUCGAAAAUUACAUGAUGCAUUAUCAGAUGUCUUCUAUACCAUGACAAAAUCAUAUUUGAAGACUGAAUUUCACAUGUUAAUGGAGAAAGUGAAGGCAGUUGAAGUUAGAGUGAAGAAUUACUUGAAAUUGGCUGAUUACGAUAAGUGGGCUAGAUCAUAUGCAUCCGUUCAUAGAGGAUGGACUUUGACUUCAAGCAUUGCCGAGUCCAUUAAUGUUGCGUUGGUUUCAGCUAGAGAACUACCAAUAUAUGAUUUUCUGGAGGAAGUUAGAUUGAUGUUUGGAAGAUGGAACUGUGAAAACAGACAGCAGGCGUUGUAUACUUUUACUGAUCUUAUUGAUAAAUUUCAAGAAGUUCUUCAACAAAAUGAAGCGGAGUGUACACGUAUGAAGGUUAUACCUGCAUCAGAGUAUAUCUAUACAGUCCACGACAAGGAGAAACAUUUUAUUGUUUGUCUUAAGGAAAAAAAAUGUUCUUGCAAUGCAUUUCAAUUGGAUGAGAUACCGUGUGUUUAUGCUUGUGCAGUUCUUGAUAUCAAGAAUUUCAAGAAGGGACCAUAUUACUCUGAUCUAUACAAGCCAAAAAUCGUUUUGAGAACAUAUGAUCUUCCAAUUUAUCCUCUACCACACAAAGAUGACUGGGUGAUUCCGAAGCAAAUUAUGUAUAAGGUAGUUUUGCCGUCGAAAUACAAGCGACUCCCUGAAAGACCUUCGAAGAAGGACCGUGAAAAAUUCAAACAAGAUAUGUUUGGAAAGAAGAGCAAAAAUUGUUGUAGUUCAUAUGGAUUAAAAGGUCACAAUAGACGUUCAUGUAGGAAAUACAAUAAAUGAUAACUUGAUUGACGUAUUAAGUGAAUAAACAAUUGAUGAUUUUUUUCAUUUAUGAAAAAUAUAUGUGAUUUUCAAUUUUGAUAAA